UCAGCUCCAGUUGUAGUAGUAAGGGAUAAAGCCUUCAAACUAAACUAUUGUAUAUUUUUUACAGUCGCAUCAUGUCGUGCAUGCCUGCUCUUAACUUGCUUUUUUACAACGGCCUGUUGGGAUAUAUAAUCAGGGAAAUCAGUCAAAUUAUUAAUGUUUCUACGGCCAGGAAAAGUGUCUGGUAUCAUAUUCCUAUUAUCGGCAGGAUCUUCGCUCCUGUAACACCGCAAGCCCCAAAUGCAGAGUUCGGGGAAAACCUGUGGGACCUCAACAUAUAUGUAAACAUCUUGCUACUUCUCCCAGCACUCUUUCAGAUCCAUCACUUCGCCGGGCUGGUGGCGGUAAUUCUCAUGUGGAACUUCUACGUUUACCAGUCCCUGAGUGCUCUCCACCUGAAGAUGAUGUGGCACUUGUGGUGGAGCGACCUCUGCUGGGGAUACUACGCUCCCCUGGUCUUUUUCGGAUUGCUGAUGAAUAUGCUGCACUUGAGUUUGAUUAUAGGAACUAUGAAGUUUCAGAUAAGAAUGGACGCAGAUCCCAAUCGCCGCAUUGAGUCCCAGUCUAUCCCUGAACAGCAGCCACAUCCCGGAGAGGAAAAUUCAGGAACGAUUGACAAUAGCUCACAAAAUUAAGCUCUAAAACUGAACGCCGGACCACAGGUUCAACCGCCCUUAACUGGGUCGCCAUCAGUCAGGUGCUUAACCUUGCCCCAUCUAAAAAUACUGGGUCGGUGGUUCAACUAAUAAAUAUGCCAGAAAACACCAGACACACAGCAGAUACCUAGCACGCACACACGAACACUGCCGCACACCAGGACAUGUACAAAUGAAUCGCAGCUGAGGGCCGGCCGAGCAUUGGGAAAUAAAACCAUUAAAUAUUUGCGGUUAAACGCACCAAAAACAAA